AUGCCCAUGAGCCCUCCAGAGAGCAUCCACUCCACCAUAGGUCACACCGUCCUCUCGGGCACCGCCAAGCGCGCACCCUCAAUGCUCUGUGUUGCCAUUUGCGAGCUCCUCAGCGUGCCGUGCACGACCACGCUCCUAGUUGUCGCCACGCUUGAGAUGCUCCAUGUGGCAUCGCUCGUGCAUGAUGACCUCCUCCAUGAAGUCAUCAUGGAAGUCAAGGCAGGAGAGCUCCCCAGCGGCGGCGACGGCCAUCGUGAGGAGGACGGUGCGGUUGCAUUGGUAGCAGAAGUACUAUUGGCGUGUAGUGGUGACGUAGUAGGAGGUGGAUGGAGAAUAGGGAAGCGAAGCCAAGCUCCCAGCGGGUGGGACGAGCGGUCGACCAUUUUUGGGAGCGAGGGGGUGUUCCCCAUAUUUAGCUAG